GGCCGGGCGGGGCAGAGCCGGGGCGGGGCGCGGUGCCGCAGCUGGAUGGCCGGGGCCGCCCGGAGCGCCGCCGCCGCCGCACGCACGUGGCAUGCCUGGAUGUCCCUGCCCCGGCAUCGGCAUGGCGGGACAGAGGCUCCUCUUCCUCACGGCUCUUGCCCUGGAGCUCCUGGGAGGGGCUGGGGGCUCCCAGCAGGCCCUCCGGAGCCGGGGGGUGGCAGCAGCCUGUCGCCUGGACAGUAAGGAGAGCGAGUCCUGGGGGGCCCUGCUGAGUGGAGAGAGGCUGGAGACGUGGAUCUGCUCCCUCCUGGGCUCACUCAUGGUGGGGCUCAGCGGGGUCUUCCCUCUGCUUGUCAUUCCCUUGGAGAUGGGGACCACGUUGCGCUCAGAAGCUGGGGCACGGCGCCUGAAACAGCUGCUCAGCUUUGCCUUGGGGGGACUUCUGGGCAACGUGUUUCUCCACCUGCUCCCUGAGGCGUGGGCCUACACGAACAGCGCCAGCUCUGUGCUGCCCCCUGCAGGUGGUGAGAGGCAGCGCCUGCAGCAGCAACAGCAGCUGGGACUGUGGGUCAUUGCCGGCUUCCUGACCUUCCUGGUGUUGGAGAAGUUGUUCUUGGACAGCAAAGGGAAGGAGGAGACCAGCCAGGCCCCCAGCAAAGACCCCGCAGCUGCUGCCGCGCUCAAUGGAGGCCACUAUCUGGCCCAGCCGGCUGCAGAGCCCGGCCUGAGCGCCGUGGUCCGGAACAUCAAAGUCAGUGGCUAUCUCAACCUGCUGGCCAACACCAUAGACAACUUCACCCACGGGCUGGCCGUGGCUGCCAGCUUCCUAGUGAGCAAGAAGAUCGGGCUCCUGACCACCAUGGCCAUCCUCCUGCAUGAGAUCCCCCAUGAGGUGGGCGACUUUGCCAUCUUGCUCCGGGCCGGCUUUGACCGAUGGAGCGCAGCCAAGCUGCAGCUCUCGACGGCACUGGGGGGCCUGCUGGGCGCCUGCUUCGCCAUCUGUGCGCAGUCCCCCAAGGGAGUAGAGGAGACGGUGGCCUGGAUCCUGCCCUUCACCUCCGGCGGCUUUCUCUACAUCGCCCUGGUGAACGUGCUGCCCGACCUCCUGGAGGAAGACGACCCAUGGCGCUCCCUGCAGCAGGUGCUUCUGCUUUGUGCGGGCAUCGUGGUGAUGGUGCUGUUCUCGGUCUUCGUGGAGUGACUGUCUCUGGCACCCCACCCCUGCACAGCAAUAAGAGACUCGGAUUCACUCUGUGACCGUGUGUGUGUGUAUGAGUGAAUAUGCGUGUGUCAGAGAGCGAGUGCACCUCCAACCCAACAAGAGGGUGGCGUGUGUGUGUGUGUGGUGUGCACAUGUGACCAGAGGUGUGUGCGAGGCCGACACUGUGAUCCCUGAUGCCCGGGCCCGCCCACUGGUCUUCUCCCCCUGCCACCCUGAGGGUUUGCACCCCCGGAGUCAGCAGUGAGGCACGGGAGUGGUGGUCCCGAGCAGAGGCCUCUGUGCGUGAUGCCAGGAAGAGUGAGCCGCCCAAGGAGCCAGGCCUGCAGCAAGCCCCAAAGCUGGCCCCGCCGAGGCCUCCGUGGCCCUGGGCCUUGGGGGUAAGCCCCUGGGCGCGUGCACCCGGCUCCGAGCAGCCAGGGACCAAGGCUGGGGCACCUUUUGUUGGCCGUGGCCUGGUCCUCCCUUCACCAGCUCUGAGGCCAAAGAGAGGAGAGGUGGGUGCUUUGCCCCCGGCUCCACUCAGCGCUGACGGCCCUACUGCAACCCAGCGCGGAGCUGGGAGAUGCUUUCUAAGACCUUUUCCCCGUCAGCCCUGGGCCGGCUCCUGUUCCCCCCACCGCUGCAAAUGCUCCCUGGCAGCGCCGGCAGCUCUUGCCACCUCCAGCUGCCAAACAGCAGCCAGCAGGGCAGCGAGCGGCCCUGGGCCAGUGUCCUCCCCAUCCGCUCGGGUGCUCCUGCCAGCCCGGGGUCCAGCAGACACUCUGGGGGCAGGAAGACAGGAAACGGUGGCCGCCUGCCCCCCACGCGGGCCCCCUUCCCCAGCCACCGCGGGUGGGGCUGGGCGGGGGCGGUGAGGGCUCCACGUUGUCAGCACUCAGGAAUGUGCUCUGGGAGAAUGCUGAAGCCAUAAUCCCCAGCUAUUUCCCUUGGCCGACGCCCAGGUACUCAGCUGGCCCGCUCCACAGCCAGGCUCCAGCCUUGUGGGGAGGAGUCGCUGUCAGGAGGGGCUGAUCGGUUUUAUAGCAGUUUUGCUGUGGUUCCAUUUGUAUCUGUAAAUAACUUGUAUAGAUGAGAUGCAAAUAAAUAUACACGAACUGGC